CACGUUAUCGCCCGUCGGCGGGCAACUGUGGAGCUCUAUCAAGACCACCUGCCUCAUUGUACGACCAGCUCCACCACAGAGGGCAUUCCGACUUGAAUAACUACUCGCCGCACCUCCAGCUUUCUGUCCACAUUAUCCAUCAUCAUGUCCAACACCAGUCUGCCCAAGAACGCGCACGUUUCCACACAUCCCUGUGUCCAGGCGAAGCUCUCCCAGCUGCGGUCUGUGAAGACGGGGUCCAGAGAUGCACAGACACUAGUACACGAGCUUGCGCUCAUGGUUGGGUAUGAGGCUCUUGGAGCAGGAUUGAAAGCAAAGGACGACGGCACAGACGAAUCCCCCCUCGGCUACUCCUACACCACAACCACCACCUCACCAUCCCCCUCCUCCAUAUCCCUCGUCCCCAUCCUCCGCAGCGGUCUCUCCAUGGUCCCCGCCCUCUCCUCGCUACUCCCCACCCCCGUCCCAGUCCACCACCUCGGUCUAUACCGCGAGAAGACCACCCUCCAGCCCGUAGAAUACUACAACAACCUGCCCUACCACGGUCCCACGGCCGCAAACCCCAACGCCGCCGGCCCCGCCGAGCUAGCCAUCAUCGUCGACCCUAUCAUCGCCACGGGCGCAACGGCCUGUGCGGCUAUCGACACACUGAAGGACUGGGGCGUUAAGAGGAUCAUCGUGUGCAGUAUCUUGGCGACGGUGGAUGGGUUGAAGGCUGCGUGUGGGGAGUGGGAGGAGGGCGUUGAGGUCUGGGUUGGUGGGUGUGAUGCUGAGGUCAACGAGAAGGGUAUGAUCAAGCCUGGGCUGGGGGAUAUUGGCGACCGCUUGUUUUUGACGCUGGGGAAAUAGAUGGCAUGGUAUGGCAUGGCGUGUUCACAUCUCAGUUGAAAAAUUACUACCAAUAUGCAUGUUCAAAAAAACUACAAUAAC